AGAGAAAUGAAAACAUAAGAAGGAAGGAAUGAUAAAAAAUAUCAACAAAACUGUCUCCGGCAUACAUAUACUGAAAUUGCGCGCACCUAUUUGGACAUUUGUUAGCAUGUGUUCAUUGGAUUCAUUGUAAAACGUGAACAAUUCAACUGUCGACUCAUCACACAAUCUCUCACGAUUUCGGCAACGGAUGAUCAUUCAUCUAAAGUGCUCCAUCUACUUCAAACACGGUUAUGUGUUUAUUCAAACGCAUUGUAAACGAUUAUAAAACGGGCUCAAUUUAAGUGAAUCGUCGAAAGCUUCGUUGUUACGAAUAUUAUGAUUACUUGCGAUUCCUGUAAAUAAUUAAACAAGUGACCAGCGAAGAACAAAAAUUAAACUUUAAUUAUUCUGGACUGAAUACAUCUAUCCCACUCAAAAAAAUGUUCAAAAACUCACAAAAUUUAAAUAUUUGCCGAAAAAAUUCAACGACUCGUGAUAAGUUGAAUGAUAUUUAUUGUCUAAAUAAAAACGAUACUUAACAAUAUCGACUGACUGAAUCUCGGUGAAAACACUAAGUCAUCAAUAUAUGGAUUCGCAUAGUUAAUUAGUUGAACGAAGUGAAAGUAAGGUGUUAUAUUCAAAAUCAAAUUAUACAUGAAAGAAAUAUUCGCUGGAAAAAUAAUAAUUGAUGAACUUAGUGAAUAUAUUGUGCAUGUAAGGGAAACAAGUGUCACUUACAAAAAAAAAAAAAAAAAUCUUAAGUGCAUUUUUUGAUCGCGUUCCGUUAAUACGCAAGCAAAAAGGUACUUUUGUGGUUGUUGAUACUCAGUAAAAUAACAUAAAUUAGCUGACCGCAAAAAAACCUGAGCAAUGACGGAUUUGCUUGCGUCCGCUUUGAAGAACAGUUUGGGAUUGCAGGUACUGCAAUGGGCUGUUUCGCAAUCGGAUAUUUGGCAUUUGGCCCAUAGGUGCUCAGAAUUGGCACAAAAAAUCAACGAACCACUCGAAAACAGUGCCUACGUGCUAGAUAAUUUACUAACAAUGGACGAAGAUGAUAUUAAUUGUAUUGGCAUACGUGAUCUGCACUUGCAGCAAAUGCAUUUUGAUGACGAAGAAGAACAUACAUAUGGAUGCAAUGAAACUGGUUACUAUCGUAAUCAACAGCACACCAACUCAUCAUUUUCAAUCAGAAAAAAUCUUAGUACAGACAACACUACAGAAUCAUUAAACAAUGGCCAUUUAUUGUUAUCACCACCACAUAAUAAUUCGCAUGUACAACGGGAAAAUAUACAAGUGACUCAACCAUCAAGCAUUCCAUCGUCACCUUUAACAUCACCGGGUGCCCAAAGUUCUUCAUCGUUUACGAUGCCAAACACAAUUUUUACUAUUGAUACGGGCGAUCCUAAUUGGCAAGCGACCAAGCCAACUGUACGUGAACGAAAUGCAGCCAUGUUUAACAAUGAACUCAUGUCCGAUAUUAGUUUCAUUGUUGGCAGUGACGAUAAUAUUCAAACGAUUCAUUCACACAAAUAUGUGUUAGCAACGGGAAGCUCUGUGUUUUAUGCAAUGUUCUAUGGCGGCUUAGCGGAGAAUAAGAAAGAAAUUAAAGUUCCUGACGUUGAACCAUCGGCCUUUUUGACGCUACUUAAGUAUUUGUACUGUGAUGAAAUUUAUUUAGAAGCAGACAACGUAUUGGCUACAUUGUAUGCAGCUAAAAAAUACAUUGUACCGCAUUUGGCUCGUGCUUGCGUCAAUUAUUUGGAAACUAGUCUAACGGCAAAGAAUGCUUGUUUACUGCUAAGUCAGUCGCGUUUAUUCGAAGAACCUGAAUUAAUGCAACGAUGCUGGGAAGUCAUCGAUGCACAGGCUGAAAUGGCAAUAAAAUCGGAAGGUUUCGUAGACAUCGAUAUGAAGACGUUUGAAUCGAUUUUGAGCCGUGAAACGUUAAAUUGCCGUGAAAUUCAUCUUUUUGAAGCAGCACAAACAUGGGCACAGUCGGCAUGCACCAAAAUGGACAUUGAUCCAUCACCACAAAAUCGACGUAAUGUAUUGGGUUCGUCGUUGAAAAUGAUUCGCAUACCAACAAUGACAUUGGAAGAAUUUGCGAAUGGUGUUGCACAAACGGGUAUUCUGACGCCGCAAGAAACCAUUGAUAUUUUUUUAAGUUUUACGGCCAAAAAGAAACCGAAUCUUGAUUAUUCGAUAAAACCGCGGGCUGGUCUAAAGACUCAAGUGUGUCAUCGUUUUCAAUCCUGUGCGUAUCGAAGCAAUCAAUGGCGCUAUCGUGGACGCUGUGAUUCAAUUCAAUUUUCGGUAGAUAAACGCAUUUUUAUCGUUGGUUUUGGAUUAUAUGGUUCAUCAACUGGUGCGGCUGAGUAUAAUGUGAAAAUAGAUUUAAAGCGUCUUGGAUGCAUAUUAGCAGAAAAUAACACGAAAUUUUUUUCGGAUGGUUCAAGUAAUACAUUUCAUGUGUUCUUUGAAAAUCCGAUUCAGUGUGAAGCGGAUUCAUGGUAUACAGCUUCAGUUAUUUUGGAUGGCAGUGAAUUGAGUUUCUUUGGUCAAGAAGGAAUGACUGAAGUUUGUACCGGCAAUGUUACAUUCCAAUUUCAAUGCUCCUCGGAUAGUACCAACGGUACUGGCGUACAAGGCGGCCAGAUUCCGGAACUAAUAUUUUAUGGACCAACCAUGACGUGCACGAGUGACACAAACAUUACUAAUAUUACGCCAUCUUUAACGAAAAAUGCAUCAGUCAUUAACUCAUCUAAUCUAUCACCAUCACCGCCAACACCGCAAAAUGUGAACAGCGGCAGCCGGCACAGUAGUGCAAGCAGUUCAACAAAUGAAUAGAUUUUUAUACAGUUUCAUAAAAACCACUUGCCAGCAAUUAUUUUUCGCAAACGUUCUUUUUAGCCAUAGCUGUCCACGAACGUUCGUUCGUUCGUUCGUAGAAAUUUUUUUGGUCUUUUUGUUCGUUCGUUCGUUC